AAAAUCCAGUUCUCACUCCACAUUCAACAACAACGUGUUUCCUGUUCCAGGCUCUCCCUCUCUCUCGCUUUGCUCGCUCUGCUUGCUUCCACUUUGCUAAUUCCGCUUCUCCCUCACUCACCCCUCCCUCCCUGUGGUUGUUGUUGCUGCUCCUUCAUCAAGCCCUACCAUCGCUUUCAGAUCGUUUUCCAAGUUGUUUUCUGUGCUUCUCAGUUCUCCUUUUCCAAUUUCCAGUUGCUGUCAUCGAGGGGGAAGCUUGUUGGGGUUGCAAGCAGCUGUGGUCAUGGCGGAGUUUUCUAAGGAUGUCAUCACAGUUGCUCCUGAUUUCCAGCUAGUGGAGCCCCUCACCGGCAAAACAUGGCAAUUGAAAGACUUUGAGACAUACCCUGCCUUAUUGGUCAUGUUCAUCUGUAAUCAUUGCCCAUACGUGAUCCAUCUCAAGGAGGAUAUUGCGAAGCUUGCAGGGAACUACAUUCCGAAAGGACUUGCAGUAGUAGCUAUAUCCUCGAACUCGGUUACUUCUCAUCCAGAGGAUGGCCCUGCAUUCAUGGCCGAAGAGGCAAGAGCUUUUGGAUAUCCGUUUCCAUAUUUAUAUGAUGAGACGCAGGAAGUUGCAAAGGCAUACGGAGCUGUCUGUACCCCCGAUUUUUAUCUGUACAGGAAGAUGUAUCACGGUCAAAAGCCCUUUGAACUAGUAUAUCAUGGUAGAUUUGACGAGUCUCGACCUCGCAGUAACGUUCCCGUCACGGGCAGGGACAUCCGCGAGGCAAUUGAUUGUGUUCUAACAGGAAGCCCUGUCACUAUUCCGCAAAGGCCAAGUAUUGGAUGCAGCAUCAAAUGGGCCCCAGGUAAGGCUGGAGGGUCCAAAGGACAGCGGGCCUAGUGAGCCUGUAUUUACAUCACUUUCUGGCAAGAAAUGCAAGAGCAGUUUAUAUUUGAAGCCUUUCCUCAGAGCAGAGUGGGAGUUUUCUUUCAAUCAUGACUUCCUUCGUUACCAACAAAAAAGGUCCUUGUGUAAUGUGGGGUCGCUUUGACCUCGUCUUCCCUGGAAUUUUUUCCAGCUUUAUCACUUCGUAUAGAUUGUACUUUGUAAAAUUGUGAAAUGUGUCUUUAUCGCAUA